AUGCAUUUUAGUGAUAAAAUAUCUACUAUUACUGAUAAAUUAAAAGGAAGCAAAAAAUUUGUAUGGAGUCGAGAGGAUACUGAUAUUAUUGAAAGUAUAAUAAAAGAUAUAGAAAAACAAACAUUACUAUAUCACCCAAAUUAUUCUAUGCCGUUUGAAUUAAGAACAGAUGCUUCAAACGUUGCAAUUAGUGCAAUACUAACGCAAGAUAACAAAUUAGUUGGUAUUUAUUCUAAAAAACUUUCUGAAUCUGAAUUAAAAUAUUCCACAGUGGAAAAAGAAUUUUAA